AUGUUUUGUCAUCGUUUUGUUAAACAUGCUUUACACCCAGUAUGUCACCCUAUACUAGGUUUUCUGCGAAAUUUAAAUCAGUAUGAAUUAUCAAGUGUACAUGAUAUUACAAUACUAAGAGUGUCGGGGUUAUUAGAACAUAUAAACGACUCUGUGCAAACUAUUGCCGAUAAAGGAUACAUCGGUGAAGAUUAUGUGAUCACUCGAAGAAGGAAGCCUCGUGGACGCAACUUAACAGCUGAAGACAAAGAUUUUAAUCGAGAUAUUAAUAGCGCAAGAGCGGCUAUUGAAAAUAUCAAUCAGCAUCUGAAAACCUAUGCUAUUCUCGGCGGCAUUUACAGAGGCGCUAUUGAUGAUUUUCGUAAAAUAACUAAGAUUGCGCAAGUUGUCUCAGCUCUAUGUAACAUGAAGUUAGACAAACAUCCUAUUCGCAAAUAA